UCGAAGUCAUUGAUUUCUUUCAUCUUCACAGUCGUCUUGAUUGAGAUGAUCUUCGAAGCCGUCGACUCCUUCAGAAGCCUCCUGUUCCUUCAAUGUCUCCAAGUGCUUUCGAAGGCUCCGUGAGGAGUCUAUCGAAGAAAGGAGAAUCGUGUUGGAGCCGAAAUAACGAUUCCUUGGAGUUCCCAAAUCUCAGCGGCUUUUCCUAUUUCUAGCAUUUUAACAGGUUGCAAGAAGGGUAACCACUAACCAUGUUUGCACUUGGCAAAGUUAACUUUAUUGUGAACAACUUAUUGGCUCUGAUCCGUCCUGGAUCAGUGUUAUCUUUUGUAAAUGGAAUUAAUAUUAUCCAAAACCUUGGAAUCUUUAUUGGAGGAAAUGCGAUGGCUCUCAUUCUGGGAGGGCUUCUUGGACAUGUACAUACAAAGUACGUGGAGGAAAAGAAAACCAACCGAAAUUGCCGAGACGCCAUCGCCCGACUCGAAGACGACGUUUUUUAUUCAACGGAGAUGAUAUCCCUUCUCAAGGAGGAAAACUCUAGCCUCGUUCAUGAAAUUGACGCGGUCAACGUCAAGGAAGCAGAUCUUAUCAAGAGGAAUGACGAUCUAGAGAACGAGUUGAAAUUGAGAACGGCAAAGUAUGAGGACGAGUUAAUCCAGAAAGGAAAGGAACUAGACAAUCUGAAGGACCAACUCGCAGAGAAAGACCGAGAGUGUGAGAGGAACCGAAAGAAACUGGAAGAAAUGGAGAGUCAUGCUUCGGAUAAUGAUUUUUAUUGUGGUUACCUGGAAGGGAAAGUCAAGGAUCAUGAAGCGGAAAGGAAGAAAUUGAAACAGGUGACCACACAACUCGAAAAGAAGCUGCGAGCCUCACAGCAAGAAUUGUCUGCUCUUGCAAAACACCGUGAUCUCGAAAAAAAUCAUGGAAAUGAGGCUCAGAAGAAGACCCGAAUUCUGGAAGAUAGAGUUCAGCAGCUUCAGCGAGAAAAUGAUAAAUUGAAGGAGAAAUUAGCUGAGAGUGAGCGGGAAGUGGCCUCAGUGAAGAAUUUAAAAGACCCUAAAAAGAACAGAAUUAACGCUCUGGUUGCAGAGAACAAGGCUCUCAAAGACAAGAUCGCUAAACGAGUAGAUCAAAAUGGAAUCGUCCAGAGCGAACGAGCUGAAAGGAAGAAACUAGAGACUGAGUUGAAGCAAGUCAAAGGAAAUCUGAAAGAGGCGGAAGAUACCUUGAGUCAGGUACAAGAACGACUUAAAGAGGCUGAAGCAAAAAGUACACAGGUAGAAAUUCAUCGGAGAAAAGUACUGGAGGCGGAAGCUGAUCGCUGUAUUAAGAUGGAAGAUUUUGCGACAGCAAUAGUUUUCCUAGGUAUUAUAACAAAGGACUACGAUAAUGUGUUGGAUUGUCGUGUCAAGGAGUUGAGAUGCCACACAGCUCUAGGAAUGGUGGAAGAGGCCCAAAAAAUACUGGACAAUUUACCUGCCGAGUAUCAAGAUGACUGUGAUGUUCUGGUGGAGUCUGCCCUACUUUGUGCCUUUGAUGCUGAGUUAGAAAAAGCUGAAAUGAUUUUGACUCAGGUUCUAGACCGAUGUCCUAACCACGAAAGGGCACUCAAGGGAAAAGAGUUUCUGGAGCAGCGGGCGAUAUGGUACUCUAUUCCAUUGAUGAUAGACGAAUGUGAAUUCGAUGCUGUUUUGGAAAGGAUUACACACGCCCAGUCUCUGGAAUCAUUUUUCCCGCAGAUACGUGUUGACUUGGCCAGAAUGAAAGGGAACGUCUUCUGCAAGCUUGGACGGCUGCAAGAAGCAUGUGACUGUUUCCUCGCUGUGCUGGAUAAGGACGAAGAUCAAGAGGACUGUAGGUUAAGACUGGCAUUGUGUCUCUUGCUGCUGGGCAGACACGCUGAAGCUACGGUCCAUCUUGAGAAACUAGAUGAUGAUCAAGAAGAUGUGGAAGCUUUGAUCGAAGCUGCCGAAACCCUGGAAAGAAUGGAACGACAUGGCUGCCCCUACGACAUCCUAGGCGUUGCAGAGGAUGCUGCUUUGAAGGAAAUAGAAAGGGCCUACAGGAAGCUGGCCCUCAAGAGCCACCCUGACAAGUUCCAAGGGUCUCAGGCAGAGCGAGAACAAGUGAAGGAAGCCAUGCAAAGGAUCAACUACGCUAACGACAUCCUACGUGACGCAGAUGAAAGAGAGGAAUACAACACUCUCAGGGACUUCGUCAAGGACGUCGCGGAAAAGCUGUUCGAAGAUCCCAAGUUUCCCGAUGAAUCCGAUGAUGAAGAAGAUGAUGAGUCAGAACUGUCUGAGGAGGAGGAAGAAUGUGAUGAAGAGGAACUGUCUGAAGAAGAGGAAGAAUGUGAUGAGGACGAUGAAGAGGACGAAGAGGAAGAUUGUGAUGAGGACGAUGAAGAGGACGAAGAGGAAGAAUGUGAUGAGGAAGAUGAAGAGGACGAGGAGGAAGAAUAAUAGGACGAAGAGGAAGAAUGACUUAAGGAGAACGAAAUGGAAAGGAGGAAAAUUAAAGGAAGCAACAGGAGAAACAGCACCCAAGGCUGAAUGAAGAAGGAUUUUGCCUGGUUGCGAGCUGAUGCUGCUGCGUCGUAUUCCGGAGGCGUUGCGAUCUGUUUGGUCCAUACUAUGGGGUUGGCUUCGGGAUGGGUGUUCGUCUGCUGUAACCGGCCCCCCCACCCGGUUCCAGCAAACGGGAGGUCCCCCCACCUCCCAUACACCCAUCCUUCAGGCAACCUCAUUGACUGGGCCAAAGAGAUCGUAACGUCCCUUGGAAUGCGACGGAACAGCACCAACAAACGGCCAGUAAGAAUUCACCUGUGUACUUUUGCAACUCAACAUCGGAAACUGCUUAAAAAUAAGCAGAUAGUGAAUAUAAUCAUGGAGACGAAAAAGGUGAGUCAGAAAUGUUUCAACACCCAUCUCUCUUUCUCUUUCUCCUUCUCUCUGUGAGAGGUAGGAAGAGGAGGAGGGGCACAGGGCAGGAAGGGAGGUCCCACCCCUCCCUUCCAUUCCUUUGCUUCUUUUCCUCUC